GAAGAAAGCAAAGAAAAAGCCACUGCGAACGCCCUUGCCGUGGAUGGACUGCCGUUUCCCCUCCGUGAUCGUCACCACGGCAUAGUGGGCUCUCGAGUCAGAGAAGAUGGCGGACCGGGCUGAGAUGUUCUCCCUCAAUACGUUCCACUCCCUCUCUCCUCCGGGCUGCAGGCCAGCCCACGACAUUAGCCUGGAGGAGUUUGACGACGAAGAUCUCUCCGAAAUCACAGACGACUGCGGAAUUGGUCUCAAUUACGACUCGGAUCCCUAUGAAAAGGACUCCCUCAUUCUAGAGAAGAAUGACAUGCACCACCCAGUGUGCUCCUUCCAGGACGACUUCCAGGAGUUCGAAAUGAUUGACGACGAAGAUGAGGAUGAUGAGGAAGAGGAGGAAGAAGAGGAAGAGGAGGAGGUGGACCCUGAUGCACCGCCGUCUCCCUCAGCGUCACCUCCCCCCUCCCCCAUUCUCGGCACCCUGAAAAGCAGACCGACGACACUAAACCUCACCACGGCAGUAUCGCAGGAUUCACUGAACAACAACAGCAGUCUGUCACCAAAGAAAGCAAGCUUGCAGGACUCGUUGCGCAACCCAUCGACACAAGGCCGCACGACUCCAACCCACUCAUGUCUGGAGGAUGAUAGCAAUGUCACAGGCCAAUUUCCAGCCUCAUCGCUUUCCCAGCCACCAGGGUCCCAGAGUCAAGGUACUCCAACAAAACAAGCAGAGGAGGGUGGGAACCCCCAUUCCCCUCACAGGCCCCUCCUCUGUGACAUGGAGGGCAACAGGCGGGAGAGGCUUGAAUACGGCUCAUUUGGUCAAUUCAAGUCCCACCCUUGCCCUGGGGAUGCCACUCAACCAAAGGCCGACCCUUUAAGCCACACCACCAGAGUACCUUCUGUUGAUGAGCAUUCCCAGUGUUCAGACACAGAGGUGGACCAUGACCUCAACAACGGUCACAACCACAAACACUUAAAUCGCCUUGCCACUGACACAUACACAAUAACAAGCGAGUCUGGAAUGGAAGCUGUGAAUGACCUGGAUCCAGAUGGAACCAGUCACUGCUUGUCAUCGACUGCUCCUUUGGGAGGCAAUGAUGGUGCCGACACCCCCUUGUCUGAAGACGAGCUGGACAAGGACUUUGAAGUUGAGUUCAUGCGCAAGGAGACAUAUGAUAUGGUGUGCAAGGAGAACCCCUCGUCGUAUGUGGAAUUCCCGUGCAUUGAACCUUACGAGCUGGCUGCCUUCUCUGGCUUUGUGUCCUCCAGUCACUCAGAUGCUCCUGACCAGUCCAAAAGUUUUGAUUCUCCAGCCUUGGCUGCUCCAGUGGUCGCGGCACAUGAUUCCCAUUCUCCGUCUUCAGAUCCUGGGAUCGCAGACAUGAACCAGCAAGGUUACGUGACUUCAGACCUGGAUAAGGAACUGAGCUCCCCAGGCUCUGACUCUGAGCUUGAUGGAGAAGUGGACAUAUCAUUUGCUUGCGAAGGUCCCGUGCACUCAAAUAUGAUCUCAUCUAUCUCAGAAACGGAGCUCGACUUGACAAGUGAUGAUAGCAGCAGUGGACGCUCUUCUCACCUCACCAACUCUAUCGAAGAAGCCAGCUCACCUACAUCAGACCAAGAACUGGACCCAGAUACAGAGUUAGAGCAGGACAGUGGGAUUGUGGGAAUCAAAUCAUCUCUAAUUUUGGGCCAGCCUGACCCAAUCAAAGAAGGUUCUCCUCUACCCUCUCCAUCACCUUUACCCUCACCAACGAUCGCCACGCCAUCCCCUGUUGACUCCCGCUUUUUGCCACCCAAAUCAUAUAUUGAUGACCAGGCUCUCAUUGAGCUAAAGAACAUGGAUGACGAUCUUUCUGGCGAUCACCAGGCUGACCCAGAUGAAACCCUUCCUCCUCAACAAUGCGAGGACACCAUGUCCAGACAAAUGGUGCUCAAGAUAGAACCCGACCACAGCCUUGAGGGCUUCAAACGGUCCUUCUACCUUCCAGUGGGACCCAAGCUUAUGCCUGCCACAGAUGAUUACGAUGAAACUAGUGAAGGGGAUUCAGAAUCAGAAAGUGAGGAUGACCUGAGUGAAAACUCAGACUCACCCUGGCUGCUGAGCAAUUUGGUCAACAGGAUGAUAUCAGAAGGCUCCUACCCAAUCAGUUGUCCUGAGGAGUGCUUCAAGAGGGAGGCGUCUGUGUCAGAUACCAUUUCACCAUCCUCAGAAAUUGGUGAGGGAGAUAGUUUUGCUGAUGAUGAUCCAGAAAUGGUGAUUUCAGACAAGGAUGGUGAAGGACUGAAAAAAGCUGAGGAAUGUCAGAGAAUUAAGAUGGUGGAGCCUUCAAAUGAAGGUGUUGCCAAAAACACUUGCCUGUAUAUGUGUAACCCCACCGGUGACACAAUCAAACCACUGAGUCUGGAUCACUGUGCAGCGAAUUCACGAGAAACCAGAGAUUACGCAUCAUGCGCCAUCAAAGUCUCCACCACUGCAAAGAACGUAACAGAUAAACUCUCCAAGAACACCGUGAGACCAGAGGAAAGCCGUGAGCCAAAUAAUGACUUUGCAAUGCCAGAGGAAAGGAAGCACAUGGACUCUCCGAGCCUUCGCGAGAGUAUCAUAAGUGAUAAAGACAUUGGACGGGAGAUGGAGCCCCAGACGACAAGUCGCUCAUGCGCUUCUCUUGAACGAAUCACUGAGGUCAAACACAGGCUGACACUGGACAUACCUACUGCUCAGACCAACCGUUGCUUCAGCCUCACUUAUUCCACAGACAAUGAUGAAGAAGAUGACCAAGGGGACUCGUACCCAUUCUUGGAUGACUUGAGGAGACGGUCCUACAGGGGGAGCGAUUCACAGCUUGACAGUUCACCUCCCUCCGACCCCUGCAUGCCGGACCAUCCUUGCCCCGACCGUAACCUCCCGCCAUGUGAGAAAGCCCUGUCUCCGAAGCCACCCAGCGAAGACGAUGGACUAGCUUAUGACUCCAUGAAAUACACACUUGUGGUUGAUGAGAACACAACUCUGGAACUAGUGAGCCUCAGAAGGUGCACAUCAGUCCUUAGCGAUGACAGCGAGCUCUCCACACUAUGCGACGAAGAGCCUUUGCGAAUGGGUCAGGUGGAUUAUUAUUGCGAUGGAGAGGAGGUAAGGCCAGAACUGCUCAGUUCUUCUGAAGACUCGUCCCCUGAGGCGGACCUCCCGUUUUCCAAGAAGUUUCUCAACGUCUUUGUCAACAGCACAUCACGCUCCUCUAGUACCGAAUCCUUUGGCCUUUUCUCCUGCACCAUCAAUGGGGAGGAGAGGGACCAAACACACAGGGCAGUGUACAGGUUUAUCCCCAGACACGCCGACGAACUGGAGCUGGAUGUGGACGACCCUCUCUACGUGGAAGAGGAAGAGGACGACUACUGGUACCGAGGCUACAACAUGCGUACAGGAGAACGCGGAAUCUUCCCCGCCUUCUAUGCCCACGAGGUCAUUGGUCACUCCAAAGAGAUGUUGGCCAUGAAACGUAAUCCAGCAUGGAUAGAGACAUUCGACGUGCAGUUCUUGGGUUCCGUCGAAGUCCCUCAACAUCAAGGCAAUGGAAUUCUUUGUGCUGCCAUGCAGAAGAUUGCACUGUCCAGGAAACGGACUGUGCACGUGCGACCCCCCUCCCUGUGUGAGUUGGAGAUCAGCUUGCAAGGAGUGAAGCUGAUCAUGAGUCUGGAAGAUGAAUACGACUGUCUGGACGAGUUUGACAGAUGCAGUCACUUCUUCCAGAUGAAGAACAUCUCCUUCUGCGGUUGUCAUCCCAGGAACAACUGCUACUUCGGCUUCAUCACAAAGCACCCCAUGCUGAGCAGGUUUGCGUGUCACGUGUUUGUCUCCCAGGAGUCCAUGCGACCUGUAGCGGAGUGUGUUGGGUGAGUGCAAAUUCUCUUAUGUUG